AUGACAACGGUCAGGAAGUUCCAGGCAGCAAUAGCAUACCCCUCUGCAUCUUUCGUCAAUGCCCUUGAAGUCAUUCUCACUUCAGAAAAAGAUCAAUGGCGAUACCUGGAUGCCAAGUCCAUCUCGGCCAUCGGAUGUUCAUGCUCGGCAGCUCGCACAAUGCUUCACACGUGGCUCGACGCCAUCAUGCGGGAUAUCUCGCAGGGCAAAGAAGUGCUGCCUCUUCCCGUCCAGUUCCCUCUGCCAGUUCAAUUCAGCACGAAGCUCGUUGCAGUCGUCCAGCUCUUGCAGUCGUUCACCUACACGACAGCCAUCCACGUGCCGGUCGUAAGCGAACAGCACGCGCUGCCAGCUCAUCUCAUGUUAAAGCAGUACCAGGACACGCGCUGCCAGCAAGUCCGUCGUGGCCGCCAAGUACGUGUCUUCCUUGCAACGUGCAAAGCAAAGGGGUGGGGCGUGUACGCCGCUCAGCGGAUUAAGCCGCACGAGUUCAUCGGCGAGUACACGGGUGAACUCAUUUCGACUAGUGAAGUGCAGUGUCGCUACCGGGAUCGUUACGACCUUAAGGCCCUAAACUACGUCAUGUCCCUAAGAGAGCACGUGGCUCGAAAGGCCAAUCCAGCUCUAUCGUUUGACAUUGUGCGUACAAAUGUGGACGCGUCGAGCUGCGGGAACGUGACGCGCUUCGUCAAUCACAGCUGCUCGUCCAACGUGACGCUUGAGGCCGUGCGCGUGGACUCGUUCGUGCCGCGCUUGGCGCUAUUUACUCGAGUGGCUGUUGAUGCAGGUCAAGAAUUGACAAUUGACUAUGGGGAAGGUUCUAGAAAUGUGGUACAGGACGUCAGCGGGCGUCCACAACGAGCCCGACGGUGUCAAUGUGGAGCUCUCGAGUGCCGAGGCUACUUGCCUUGUGUGCUCGAAUGA